AUGUCCUGGGCGAUUGAACUGGCGGAGUACCAGAUCAGUUACGAACCCAGAACCGCCAUCAAAGCUCAAGCUCUCACAGAUUUCAUAGCCGAAAUGACGCACACCUGCGAAGCAGCUAGCCAAGCAACUGAAACCCCAUGGUUGGCGCUGUGGAAGCUAUAUGUUGAUGGCUCUACCAACACCAAAGGAUCCGGCGCCAGAAUAAUAAUUGAAAAUCCAGACGGUGUGGCAAUGGAGCAUUCUUUAUCUUUCAACUUUAAUACCACUAACAACCAAGCUGAGUAUGAGGAAAUGAUUGCCGGCCUGCUCCAGGCCAAAGAGCUGGGAGCGCAACAUCUCAAGGUUUUCAGUGAUUCUCAGUUGGUGGCAUUUCAAUUUUCGGGUGAAUAUCAAGCUAAAGGGCCGCUGAUGUGCAAGUACUUAGAGAAAGUCAAAGAGAUAAUUUUGACCUUCGAGACAGUUGAAAUUGAGCACAUUAGGCGAUCAGAAAACACACGUGCGGACAUCCUCGCCAAGCUAGCAAGCACCAAGAGUCCAGGUAAUAAUCGUUCCGUCAUCCAGCAUAACCUGCCUAAUCCAUGCAUCGUCAUGAGUAUUGCAGACGUCGCCGAAGGAGUCGCCGAAGAUACCUGGAUCACUCCUAUCUCUAACUACCUAUCAGAAGGUACCCUCCCAGUGGACCAGACAGAAGCCAAGAGGAUAAAGCGGAAAUGCGCCCACUUUUGCAUGAUGCCGGGGCGCCUAUACAAAAGGGGCUGCUCAACCCCACUGUUGAAAUGCUUGAACCCCAGCGAUGUUGGGUACGUUUUGGAAGAAAUCCAUGAAGUAAUCAAUGGCCACCAUAUGGGCGGCUACUCUCUGGCAAAGAAAGCUCUCCGAUCAGGUUUUUAUUGGCCGACCAUGGAGCAUGACGCCCAUGAGCACGUUAAAGCGUAUGAUAAGUGCCAAAGACUUGCAGACAUACACAAAGCCCCACCAGAAGAACUUACUGUGAUAACAUCCCCUUGGCCUUUUUACAAAUGGGGGAUGGACCUCUUGGGCCCUUUCCCUGAGGCGGCAGGUCGAGUUCGGUGGCUGAUCGUCGCCAUUGACUACUUCACCAAAUGGGUUGAAGCAGAGCCAGUUGCUACCAUUACCUCUCAAAGGGAGAGGAAGUUCUUUUGGAGAAAUUUGUUUACCGUUUCGGAAUCCCGGGAGAAGUCAUAA